GAGGCGGCGCGAGAUGUUGGCGGCGGCGGCGAAGAGGCUGAGCUGCGGCCUAUGCAGACAAAAGCUGCAAACCUUCUGUGCCCUGAGAGCACUGAGGACCAGCGUGGCCUGUCGCAAUGACACGCUGGCCGUGCCACCACUCGACAACUCCCCGAAAGAUUACUCGCCCAAGAUCAAGCAGCUGGUGGGGGAUAUUGCCAGCCUGACUCUGCUGGAGAUCUCAGACUUAAAUGAGCUGCUUAAGAAAACACUCAAAAUCCAGGACCUGGGGAUGAUGCCGAUGGCUGGGGCGAUGCCCGCAGCAGCUCAAUCUCCAGACGCCGAGGAGGAAGCUGCUCCGUUGAAGAAGGAGAAGACGCAUUUUACGGUCAAACUUGUGGAAUUCAAGGCGGCCGAUAAAGUGAAGCUCAUCAAGGAAGUGAAGAACUGCAUGUCGGGGCUCAACCUGGUCCAGGCGAAGAAGCUGGUAGAAUCCCUUCCCCAGGAAAUGAGAGCCAACAUCUCGAAGGAAGAGGCAGAGAAGGUGAAAGCUGCGCUGGAGGCAGCGGGGGNAACGGUGCAAUUAGAAUAAGGCUCUUGUCUCUGUCCGGUCGGUCCCAGGCCUGGGUGAGCUGCAGAGGAGGUAACCCAGCGCCGUCUGCCAUCUGCUGGGCCUGGCCCACCUCACAGCCGUUGCUAGAACUGCAUCAUGGGACUCGGAAGUCAAACUGACCAGAUUAUUGGAUGUGUGUCUUGAGUGUCCUCGCACACAACUCGCCCUUCCACCCCCUACGAGCUACAGGGAGGGAAUGUCACGCGUGUGUGUGGCCUCUAAUGAUGAUCGUUACCUCAAGCAAAAGCCUUAUAAAGACCUGUUCCGUCCAGCAACUCGAGACGACCUCCACCCGUCUCGUCCAAAGUUAAACCGCAAGGAACAGCCACGAAGCCCAGCACCUCGAGCACGUCUGACAUUCAUCCUGGUCUGUUAUUAUGAACAUUGGAAUUUUCUGUCAACUCAAAAGUACUGGGAGGCGCGGCAUUCCCAGCAGGAAAGAGGGAGGCAUUGGCUCCAGUUCCAAGAACGUUUUAUGGAUAGUGGAAUAUCGGCUUCAGCUUUGAGAUAGGUUGAGGCCUUUUAGAGUAAAAUAAAGUUUAUGUAUAACGCUUGAGGGCUGAGCGGUUGAAUGUAAUAUUCUUGCGGUUGUUGCAGUUCAGUUAUUUUGAGGUACGGGGGCCUCUCUUUACCCACUCCACCCCCACCCACCUUCCCCAUGAAACAAAAUCUCAAUCUAUUUUCACCCCCCACCAAAAAAAAAUUCUCUUUUCCUUUCUUUGCUCCCCCUAACUCCGAGGCUGAUUAGCUUGGGGCUGUGCUGUCUCCCUGUCACCGGGUGCUCUCUGUGCUGAAAGUAAAGUGUAAUUUCAGACCAGACAAGGUGAGACGUGUUGAUUUGACGGACACUCUUUACGUGGCAUUAAAAGUGGAUUUUGUUUUAUAUUU